CUUAAAUUUAAAAAUUUUUUAUUUAAUUUUUAGCAUAAAAUUUGUUUUUUGUUUUGUAGAAUUUUAUUUUAUUUAUUAUAUAAAUUUUUUAAUUAGUAAUGUCGUUAGAAUAUGUUUUUUCGUGAUGGAUAGUAGUACAAAUUCCGGACCCGUUUCCGACCCUGGAUCUGACCCUAUCCUACCCUCAAACUCACAUUUUCCCAAUCCUCAAACCCAAACCAACAUUAACGUUGAUGAAAAUGUUGAAAAUGAUGAUAAAAAUUGUGAAAUUAGUGGAAUUAGUGAAGUUUCUAAACAACUUGAGUCAUCUUCUUUAAGCUACAAUAAACCUCCCCAAACGCUCGUUAACACAGCCCCGGAAAGGGUUCAAAAAGCGCAAAAAACUAUCGACAUUAAGGAUAAAUCCAUAGGCUGGGGAGCAACUCAGGUAAUAAUUGACAUUGACGACACGGUGAAGUCUAGUGGUGGGAUUAAGUUGUUUAAUGUGCCUUUGGGCGGUGUUGAUACGCAGUAUGGCCGGGGAGAAUUGUACCCCGGGUGCUUCCAAUUCAUACUCGAACUCUCAAUGCAUAAAAUGGGCAAGAAUCGGAAACCACUGCUUCUAUCCGUACUCACCACCAGAAUCCCACAGGUCCCGAUAACGGUGGAUUCUGCGUUGAAUAGGCGGUUGAUGCAUGUGGCUGAGAAGAGGGGCGUGUUGAAUUGGGGGAUCGACUGCGAUAAUAAAAUCCUCUAUUCCACCUUGAAGGAGUGGUUUUUUAACGAGUCGAGGGGUGAGAAGAAGUUUGUGAACUUUAGAAAACUGCUCAGAUUCGUGGCUAAUGAGAACAGUGACGCUCGGUUUAUCUGGAUUGGGGACACUGGCGACAGAGAUUUAGAAGCUGGAGAGAUGAUGAUAAAGUAUUUUUCACACAAGAUAAAGGCAGUUUUAAUGCACCACGUGUCAUCAAAAGGGAGCGACACAAUGCCAAAUGAUUAUUACCUCAAAUCAGUGCCAGUUUUAUUCUUUAAAACUUAUGUCGGAGCUGCGAAAAAAGCUGUGGAACAUGGGCUCAUAAGUCAUAACGCACUGUCGAGAGUACUGGUGAGAGCUGUCCUGGAGCUCAAUGAUAAUACAACCACAGAUCACUCCAAAUGGAAAGAUCUCAUCAAGGAUAUACUCGAGGUGGAGGAGAUAGCGAACUUGAAAAAAUAUGAGCAAGGUUUAAUUGUGAGGACGAGGUCAAUAAUCGAGACCAGAAUCAGAGAAUUAUCGCAAAACAUUACAUAA